GUGUCGGCCUCUGCUGGAGACCGCGGUCCUCGGCGCCGGCUCCCUCGCAGGCCGCUCCGGGAGGCGCCACGGGGGACGCCGCGGAGGGCUGCGUUCCUCCCGGCCGGGCUGCCCCUCCCCGGAGCUGGCUCGGUGCCUUCCCUCCUCUCCUGAGCCCUGCCUGCUCUCCAAGUUGGGCUGGCCCGGCUCCCUGGACAGAAGCAUCACUCUGAGCUCCGCGAGAGGUGUGAGGGGAGAACAGGGACCAGAUACUCAGCAAGUUUUCUGGACCUGGUUUGAGCAAAGAUGAGCGUUUCUGCGUGGAUCAUGUAACAGGAGGGUCCAGGUCAGGACAGACUUGAUCAUGGGAGCCAACACUUCAAGCAAACAACCAGUAUUUGAUGAAAAUGAGGAUGUCAACUUUGACCACUUUGAAAUUUUGCGAGCCAUCGGAAAAGGCAGUUUUGGGAAGGUCUGCAUUGUACAGAAGAAUGAUACCAAGAAGAUGUAUGCCAUGAAGUAUAUGAAUAAACAAAAAUGUGUGGAGCGAAAUGAAGUGAGGAAUGUCUUCAAGGAGCUUCAGAUCAUGCAGGGCCUGGAGCACCCUUUCCUGGUGAAUCUGUGGUAUUCCUUCCAAGAUGAAGAAGACAUGUUCAUGGUAGUGGACCUCCUACUCGGUGGAGACUUGCGUUAUCACCUGCAGCAGAAUGUCCACUUCCAGGAAGACACAGUGAAGCUCUUCAUCUGUGAGCUGGCCAUGGCCCUGGACUACCUGCAGAACCAGCGCAUCAUUCACAGGGAUAUGAAGCCUGACAAUAUUUUACUUGAUGAACAUGGGCACGUACACAUCACAGAUUUCAACAUCGCAGCCAUGCUGCCCAAGGAGAUGCAGAUCACUACUGUGGCUGGCACCAAGCCUUACAUGGCACCUGAAAUGUUCAAUUCCAAAAAAGAAACAGGCUAUUCCUUUGCUGUUGACUGGUGGUCCCUGGGAGUGACGGCAUAUGAACUGCUGCGAGGGCGGAGACCGUAUCACAUUCGCUCCAGUACUUCCAGUAAGGAAAUUGUGCACAUGUUUGAGACUGCUAUUGUGACUUACCCUUCUGCCUGGUCACAGGAAAUGGUAUCACUUCUUAAAAAGCUACUUGAACCUAAUCCGGACCAACGGUUUUCUUGCUUGAGUGACAUUCAGAACUUCCCAUACAUGAACGAUAUGAACUGGGAUGCAGUUUUUGAGAAGAAGCUCAUUCCAGGUUUUAUUCCUAAUAAAGGCAGGCUGAAUUGUGACCCUACCUUUGAACUGGAAGAAAUGAUUUUGGAAUCCAAACCUCUUCAUAAAAAAAAGAAACGUUUGGCAAAGAAGGAGAAGGAGAUGAGGAAAUGUGAUUCCUCUCAGAUGGGUCUUCUUCAAGAACAUCUUGAAUCUGUCCAGAAGGAAUUUAUAAUUUUCAACCGAGAAAAAGUAAAAAGAGACUUGAAUGAAAGACAAGCAAAUCUAGCCUUGGAACAAACCAAAAACCCACACGAAGAAGACAGCCAAAAUAACAACUUGUAAAGGCCUCAGUGUCUCCUCCGACAUCUCUUAGCACCUCAGGCCAGAAACUUCUGAUUGUCCACACAAAGAAGAACUGAAAGUAAUUUUUGCCACUCCACACCUCAUGCUUAGAAAUGUGAAGGAGCGUCCUCCGAAGGAUGCAGCACGAUCUAGUGAAGAGACACUGGGAUGUAAUUUCACCAUUAAUUAUGUGAUGUUGAGCAAGUCAUUUAAUCCCUUUUUGCGCUUUAGUUUAUUCAUCCAGAAAGAGAAGGUCAUAUCAGCUGAGCUGUACCUUGCCUUUUUACUGCUACAGUUGCUAUUCUACAUGGCCUUUGUAUUUUAAAAGAAAUAUUUGGAUGUAGAUUUAUUUUUCCAUUCCUUCUGAUUACACUGUGAUGAAUGGACAUUGUACACAGUAAGCCUCUUCAGAACUAGGAAACAUCAUAAAGAGGUCAAAAUCCCAAAGCCCGAUAAGGUAGGAAUGAAGAGUUUCAUUGGAAAGAAAGACAUAGGGUCAGAUUAGAAGCAGCAUAGAUUUAUAGGACCUUCGGUGCUGUGCUGGGGAGACUUUCCAUCCUGAACACGGCUUCUCAGGCUCCUCUUCAGUGGGGUGAGAUCAGUAACCUGAACUUGGUGAUAAUGACAGGAUUCUCAGCAUGGAAAUCAGCAAAUACUACAAAUCAGGGCAACUUUUGUUUUCCUUUCGUGAGCUAAUUGUUAAUAUCAGCACCCCACUUGCCUUCCUCCAGUGUGCAUGACCUUUGAGGGUAGAGUGUCCUCUGAAAAGUAGCAGAGAUCUGCAUCUGGAGAGGAUUGGAAAAUAUUGCCCCACUGACAAUAUGUUUACUCCCUAGUUCAGGGAAAUUGCAGGGAUGGAGAUUAUAUUGGGGGUUAGAAGUGAAUUUGCCAGAAAGUAAAACUUACCCUUGGAAAAAUCCCUCAGUUAACCGUAACAUGUAGGAAGUAGUUUUUCUCAGUGAAGCCUCGCACAGGGAGUUGCUCUUCCAUAAGGAAAGAAGGCACUGCUUUUGUUUUAUUCUUUAUUUUUGAUUACAUUUUGAGUAAUACGGCAAACUAGAAUACUGAGCAAGUCAUCCCUGUCUUUACGGACUAGAAGUACACUUAGAACACAGGUUACUCAUGUCUGUGAGGUCAGUUUCACAGAGUCUAAGGGACAGUGCUGCCAUGUCUCCUUUCCUCACGCUUAUUGCAAGAAUGGCAGGCAGAAUUGCCUUUUUAAAAUAUUAGUCUCUCUUUUUCUUUAUAUUGUAUUUAUUUAUUUGCAAAGUUUAACUGACCUAAUUGUACAUAUGAUAGAACUUCACUGUACUAACACAAAGAUCUUCACAGAAGUACCAUUUUCGGCACCUCAUAAUGACACUGGGUGGAGUCGAAAAGAGAACAGGCUUUGAGGAGGGCUGUGUUAACCUCUUGGCUAAAGGUCGUCUAGACCUGUCCUUUCCAAUGGAGAGAUUGGGCCUCCAGGACUACAGUAAGUCAGCAACAGAGAAUGUCUCCUCUUGAAAAGCCAGAUGGGGCGAAAGAGAUGAGAAAGGGUGAUGGCUGCCUGCCUGCUACAGCAGACACUUUAGAGGGAGGUCACAUCCGGGCAACUAAACAUGGGUGAAAGCUAGAGGUGAGCUGAAGAUCAGCAUUUAUGAGUUAAUAGGCCCAGAAUUUCUGGCCCACUUAUGAAAUAAUAUCUCUGAUUUAAGAGCAACCAUAUUUUUGUUAAAAAAACAAAACAAAAAGCACAAAACCGAAAGCCAGCUCUUUUGUGUGUGUGAUCCCUUUUCUCUACAGUUCCCACAUGUUAUUUGUCUGUGCCAUUUUUUCCCCCAAAUAUAAUUAUAAGCUCCAAGCACUUGCUCGGAUUGACUUGUAGAGAGGAGGUUGGGUUAAGCAAAGGAAAGGUGACCAAACUCAGUUCCAGACUGGUAAUCCCACCAGCCUGCAUGGUUGCCGGCUUCCAUCUUCCUUUGGUCUUUUUCAAACCUUCAUGUGCUGUGGACUCUAGUACCCUGUCACCUGGUUCUUCCUCUUGUGAAGACCUUGUGUGCAUCCUCAAGAGGUUUUCAGAAAUGUUUACCAAAGGGCACUGGGACCACUAUUCUCCACGAUGGUCUGUGCUGUUUCAUGUUUGUACCGUUUAACUUGGGAUAGAAGCCCACACAAUCUCUGUAUUUUGAAUCCUUUGUUUUAUUACCAGUGAGCUGAUUUCAAUGCCUGAAACACCAUGGCAGAUUUUCAGAACCAUGGACUCAAUGAUUAGAGAGCAGUGUUUGGGGAGUAGAAUGGGCUCCCCGGGCUCCUCAGAUGACAGCCACAAAGGAAAAGCAGUGGGCUGGGUCUGUAUCCCAGUGGUGGAGUGGGUACUUAGCAUGCAUGAGGACCUGAGUUUGACCCCCAGCACCACAAAAAAACAAAGAUGACAAAAAGAAAAGAAAAGAAAAGCACUCAUAGCCAGAAUAAGUAAUUCCAAGCACCUGUGCAUUUUAAAGAUGAGAAAGAAAAACUUUCCACAAACAAACAAAAAACCUCCUAAAUCUUUAUGCUGGUUGCUGUUGAAAUCAGGUUCUUUGGUUUUAUUCCAUAACUUGGGCUGAAAGUUAAUAGCCCACUGCAUGGAACAUCUCUCCUCUGGAUUCCUGAUGAUACUCAGAGCUGAGAAUUUUGAAAGAAAGGAUGGCAAGUUCGAUUCUUUUGUCUGCUCUCCUGGAAUCUUUUCGGAACAGCUUCCUCCCUUAUCUGCACAGAGCAUCUGAAAAGCGUGACCAAGCUCUGAAGAUCGGAGCGUCCCUCUGGCACUGCAGCAAAGCCUCACUUCCCAUGCAUUCAGUGACCUCGAGAAGAUUAGGGGGAGCAGAGCCCCAGGACCCCAGUGGAGGUCCUAAUGCCAUGGAGGGAGAUGUGCUAAUGGAUCACACACCCACCAAGGCGGCCUGGAUCAGGCUGAGGUCACUGCUGGGGCAGGAAUAAACUUCAAGCAGCACAGAGCACCACUAAAUCAAUUAUAAUAAUCUAAUUAAUUACUGGUUAGGCUUUGUCUAAUAGAAUUUUAACCAGAAAUGACAUUUCCUAUCAUUAUAGCUUUCCUAGAUUGGAUGAAUCAAUAACUAGCAAGAAAGAGUAUUAAUGCAGCUAUUAAUGGACCAGUGUUGCUGCUUGUGGCUGAUUAGUGAUGCUAAAGCUUUAGUGCUUCAAAGGCUGAAUGAAAAGGCAUGAGAAGCACUGUGCAUUUGUUUCAGUACCCAGCUGUCCCUGUAUUGUCUACACAAAAUCCUGUCUCCUACUUCUGUCCCCGUGAUUACUGUUUAUUAUAAGCACCGUGUGUCUGGAUAAUGUUAAACAGUGAUGUUAAGAACCCAAACUUCACUUUUGUAUGCUGUUGUAAACUGGCAGCUGAUCUGGCAGCUCCCGAAUGAGAAUGUACUUCUGUCCAGCUGUAGCGCCUGUAAUGGAAGUGUGCCUGUGUGUAUUAAAUGUCUUCUGCAACAUGAAGCCA